AUGAAGCUCGGUCUCUGUCUCCUCCUACUCGUAGCUGCCAUCGCCAUCACUCUUCCUGUUGCCUUAUGUGAUUGGACUCGUGCCUAUGGUAACCCCGACUACGCCUUUUGGGGCACGGCUGAACCGGCGACGAUAAAUGAUGUUGAUGACAGCAGACGACUACUUUUCCAAUAUGGAUUUGCUUACAAAUAUCCAAAGAAUAAGUAUUUGGGUUAUGAUGCACUUAGGAAGAACAACUCCCCUUGCCGUCAUCGUGGACACUCUUAUUAUGACUGUACGAAGCGCCGAAAGGCCAACCCUUAUCGUCGUGGGUGCAUCGCUAUCACUGGUUGUGCUCGAUUCACGGAUUAA